AUGGCGGGACCUCGUACGUUUUCGCUCGCGCGGCCGUCGGAGAUCACCAUCAGCGCGGGCUCCGACGACGACUCGGAUGACGAAGACUACUGCGACACGGCCGUUUCGCGCGGCCGCCGCGCGCAGCGGGCACCGCAGAUGCGCGUGAGAGAGGCCCAUUCCGAGGUUCCCGUGACGUCACGGCUUUUCGAGAUCGUGAUAAUGCGGAAACAUGCCAAGCUCUCCACGUGUCUACAGCGGCUGCUGCUCACGAUGAGCACCGCCGAACGCCACGUGGCAAUCGCCGACAUCCUGAGCUUCAUCUGCGAGUGCGCCGGCUUCAAGCACUCCUCGAUCUCCUCCGAAGUCGUGCAGGCGCACGACUUGUGCAGCGGAGUCGCCAGCAGGAAGUCGUCGUUCAGCGCCAUGGAAUCCGACCGACGUCGCAGGGACUACGCGCCAAUUAUCAUGGAAAUGUCGUCGCCGGGGGGAAUGAAGGACAUGGAUAUUUCCCCGGAUGGUCUCAGCGAGCCCUAUUAUAGUGUAAUGGACGGCUCGGUGGGCAGACGGCCGAGCUCACACGCCGGCGGCGCUUCGCCGAUUUGUGACCCACAUGACCCACUAUCGGCUAACCACUCGCCAACACACGCGUUCGCCGGGGCCGAUCCGUGCGAGAGUGGCUUUUACGACGACGAUAGGGACGUGCGGUUGACGUACGACAGCUUCAGUUGGUGGAGCUUCCGGGAGAUGUUCACGUCACUGCCAUCCGGGGCCAACUACUCGGAUAUCGUGCGACACUGCUCCUCGCAGUGCACCUCGCACGCUAUCGAGCCGGACACCCUCUUCUUCCCCAAGAACAGCGACCUGUUUAGUGACCGGCGUUCCAGGUGCCUCUCGAGGAAGUUCUACCAGCUCUGCGUGGAGCGCGUGGCGCCACUGACAAGGGCUCUGGAUGCGCAGGACGGCUGGGUCAUCGGCUUCGGCAAGCACAACUGGGCCUACAUGCUGUUCAAGGAGUUUUUCCAGCAACUGGUUCUGGAGGCGGAGGCCGUCUGCGUGGGCGAGCUGCUGCACGCGCUGCAGUGGAUCUGCGCGCUCAGCAUGAUCGGCUUCCGCGCCGUGCGCCAGUUCGCGCUGAUAGCGUGCAACGACGUGGUCAGCAGCCUGCUCGUGAAGCUGAACUCGCUGGCCAAAAACGAGCGCGUCUUCGCGAAGCAGCUGCAGGUGGAGAUCGACAUGGACCAGCGGACGCACGAGCGCGUGCAUGGCCGGGACUCUCGUGUGCGGGUGACGGUCAGCAAGUCAAGCCUGGAGCUGUACAAGAAGCUGCUGCUUGCGCAGCGCGGCCAGAGGGCGAUCCUGAGCUUCCUCAAGUGUCUGUACGACGUGAACUUCGCCUCGAAGAUGCAGGACGUUUUGGUUGACAUACGCGUCUCCGCCGCCUUCUCGCUCGGCAACAACGUGCUGCUGAACCCGCAGAUUUUUUCGAGCCCCGCGUACGUCGAUUUUACGUACCGGCUGCUCCCAGCCACGGACGAGUGCACCAGGCUGCUGCUGCUGCGGUACCUGGGCCUGGUCGAGCGGAGGCUGGGCGAGGAGGAGUUUGGCAUUUUGCUGUCGCUGCACGAAUCGUGCGUCAACAGCGGCCUGGCGGACAGCUGCGAGGCGAUCGAGGCGCUGCUGCUGCGCGACGUCCACUUCAACUACGACCGCAGUGCGGUCUUCAGCCACCGCAGCGAGAAGUUGUUUUUGCGCCUCGUCGAGUCGCUGUCGAAGAACAAGAACUCCACGCUGGGGGUGCUCAUAGCGUCCGUGUUUUUGCCGUCCGUGCCCAUCCACGGGUUCUCGUUGGUCUUCCAGAUCCGGACCGACGGCCUCCGCUCCAAAUAUCGCAACAUGCUCGUGCCGCAUCCCGCCGUCGUGGGACGGCAAACCAAGCUCGUCAUAUCGGACGAGUCCACUUCCAAGGUGCGCAACUUCUACCAGUGCUUCAUGGAGCUCUCGCGCCUGGCAGCGUGCAUCGCGGCGACGGAGGCGUUCGUCACCAACCUCGUCGGCAGCCUGUGGAACCACAACCACCUCUUCGAAGACGUUGCUGGGAUCGUCCGCUUCCUGUGUCAGGGCGGCGACGUGGCCAGCGUCAAGGCGCGCCUGGACGCGAAUUGCCAGCAGCUGCUGCUGCACAUAACGCUCGCCAGCUUCGACCACCUGCUGGCGGACGCCACUGCCUUCACGGAGCAGCAAUUGGAAGCCGUGGGCACGGUGAUAUCGUACGCGCCCGUCUUCCUGCGGUUGUACCGUGCGAACGCCUCGCAUAUGAAGACGGCGCUCCAGCUGCUCGAGCAGGCCACGGCCCUGCUGCACCGCACGGGGCUGCCGCUCGACGGCGGGCUGGUCAAUGCCGUGGCUGACGUCCUGAAGUAUCUCGUCGACAGCGACAACGGCGACGAGCAGACGAUAGACUCGAUACGACUCGCUGUGCGGUGUCUGUACAACGUCUACGCGCACAGCGAGGAAGCCAAGUUGAACGUGGCGUCGCUGUACAGGGUGCUCUCGAAGCAGCUCUCGUCGGAGUCCGAGUCGGGCAAGAACCUGCUGCAUUGCGUGAUGAACCUGCUGCACUUCUUCCCGCUCGAGCUGGAUGUGCCCGGAAUCCUGAUCCCCCUGAUCAUCAAAAAUUUGCGUGCCCAGGCUGCCGACGAACGCAUGCUUUGGUGCACCAUCGGGUAUGUGCUGUUCGAGGCUGAGCUGUACCGGUGUGUGAAGACGUCGCAGCCGUCAGUGGAUGGUGCUUUUGGCGAGUUGCGCGACGUGCUGCUGCAGUCGAUCGCGGCCGUGGCGCACGACUCCAGCUCGGACUUUACGCUGUUCGUGUGUUUCCACUCCAUGGCGUCCCUGGUGCAGAUAUCGGCGCUGGCGGGCGGUUUGGAGGAGGUGCCGCACGAAUCGGAGCUCGAAAUGUACCGGAUACUGCUCCAUUUUCUGCAGCUGGUGAAGCCGUCGCACAUGAGGAACGCCGCAGCGCCGCCGCCGGGCGCCGCCAAGGGGUACACGAUCGCCGACGUCUACGUCGCCGGCUACUGCGAGUCGUAUUUCACGAUGAACCCGCUGGACUGCGUGCUCUCCAUCGUGACGUUGUUCACGAAGGUGCUCUCAGCACGGCUGUACUGCAGCGGGGUGUCGGUUUUGGUUUUGUUGCAGACGAUUUCGUUGUGCGCGCCGAUCGCGGCCGCUGCGGAGGUCUACCUGCGGUUCCUGGCCAACUUUGACGACCAGAUUCUGAUAUCGCUGCUCCUCUUCGCCAUGAUCGGGCUGUACGAAUCGGGCGCCCGCGACUGCUGCGCGGAGCUGCGACACCGGUUCGUUGACACCUUGAUGGGCAAGGGCGCCAAAACCGCGGUGGACCGCAAGAAGCUGUCCAUCAACGCGUUGCUGCUCUCCGGGAUGCGUUACGCGCUCCAGGGGCCCAGCAACUGGGAUUUCAUAACGGAGUUGGUGGAGCUGACCAAGACGUUCCGCAGCUACGAGGGGCACGUCAACAGCACGCUGCUGCACGCGCAAGUGGGGGCGCUGCUGACGCCCAUAGACGUGCCGGAGGAGCUUCGGGCGAAAAUAUUCGAGUUCCUGCAGGUUGUUGGUUUGGGCAGCGCCAUCACGAUGAGGGCGAUGGCGGGCUGCCAGGACAUCGACGGCAUCGACAGGUGCCUCAACAUUAUCCGUCGCAAGUGUUCCCAUGUGGAUCUAGUGUCGUUGACCGGUGGUGCAGUCGCUCGAAAGGAGCGCCACCAGCCGUCGUCAACUUGUAUAGUGACGCGCCAGCGUCCAGUCAAGUCCAUUGACCGCCUGGUGUCGUCGGAGACCCGCGCCACCUCGGCGGGGUCGCCCGAGUCGCACCUGGAUGUGUCGCCCAUUGUCGUCCGCACCUUCACGAAAUCAAGUGUGCGCGCAUUGCCCCCCAGCGUGGGAAUGAUGCGACCGCGUUCGACCCCCGGCACCAAGCUGGACGUCGACGACGACGACGUCGCGGAGUCCGUGGAGGUCGAACCGGAUGUGCUGAGCGAGUCGGGGGAGUACCAGGUCUCCACGGCUACGCCAAUUACGGAACGCAGCUACGGGAUGCGGUCGACGCCCAGCUUCGGGCUGCUGUCGCCAACGUCGCCGCUCCUCUCACCGAUCAUGUUUCCUUAG